AUGAUGAAGAAUGAAGAAACGAGUUUUAAUGUGGACAGCCCACAAGCUUCUCCCUUUUCCUGCUGCCUGCAGCCACUGAGCCCUGUUACAAAGCCACACACAAUGACUCCAUUUGAUGAAGAAUUCAGACCACACCUCUCACAUUUCCACUAUGGCCCUCCUCCUCUUGGAGACAUGGAAACUUUCCAGGGGUCCUUGGAAGGAGGGUCUCAAAAAUGCAAGAGCAUGCCAACAAAAAUGCCACCUCCUAUCAUUCUUGAGGGUUCCUCAUCACCAGCAGACAGACCUGAAAAUCACAAUGAUAUAGGCUCUUCCAGUCUCCCCUUGGUUUUUCAGCAGCCAGCACAGCCCAAAUACAGUUCCCAGAUGAUCGACCUCUGCAACUUGGGUUUUCAGUUCUACAGAACUCUGGAGCAUUUUGGAGCCAAGCCCAUUAAGCAAGAACCAGCGAUGCCUAAUAUGGCAAGCCCAGUAGCCCAGCAGCCCAGCAGCCCAGCAUUCAUGCAGGUUCCUUACCCUUAUUAUCCUAAAGUCCAUCCUGGCUUAAUGUUUCCUUUUACUGAGGCCCAAAAUUUUCAUUUCAGGAACCCAUUUCAAAUGAAAAGGCCUCCAGAGGCACCCUUCAGGAGGGCUGAAGUAAGAGGAAGUGGUGAAAAUAAACAGAAAGUGGAAAGAGUAGAUGUCAACCUUCAGAUAGACAACAGCUACUAUGUCAAUGUGGGGGGUGAACAGAAACACUGGCAAUGUCCCAUGUGUGCGAAGUCCUAUACAUCCAAGUACAAUUUGGUCACCCAUAUCUUGGAGCAUAGUGGCAUAAAGCCACAUGCUUGCAUCCAAUGUGGCAAACUUUUCAAGCAGCUGAGCCACUUGCACACACAUAUGUUGACACACCAGGGCACUAGGCCACAUAAGUGCCAGGUGUGUCACAAGGCUUUCACUCUGUCCUGGCUGUGUGGAAAGGAAUUUAACAGAAUGCACAAUUUAAUGGGACGCAUGCACUUGCACUCAGACAGUAAGCCUUUCAAGUGCCUCUACUGUCCCAGCAAAUUCACUUUGAAGGGGAACCUAACCAGGCACGUGAAAGUCAAACACAGCAUCAUGGAAAGAGGAUUUAAUUCUCAAGUUUUUGGAAGAAGAAAAAUUUCUCUGUCCCAGAAAAAUGUCUGGAGAAGCUUGGAACAGGAAGAACCCUUUGAUCUUUCCCAGAAAAGCCAAGGGAAGGGAAUUUCAUUUAAUUUGAAUGGCAGGAGUGCCAAGGGAAGCUCAUGCCAGGAAGAAGGGGAAGACAACGCUAUGUAUGAGACAGAGCAUUACAGCCCUGGCAUGUGCCAUCAUGACAACAACAAGCUGUAUGAUGUGGCUCAAGAUCUGUCUGGCAAGCCUGAGUGUGCAAUGAAGGACUGCAUUGAGAAGGAAGAAAUGCUAUGUGAGGGAGGACUGGAGAAGAGAAUAGGAAAUUCAGACAAACAGGAUAGCCAAGAAGAGAGAGAUCUUGCAAACGACAAAGAACACCUCAGCUUUAGAUCCUUUGAAGAAGUCAGACUUAGCCGUUCUCUCUCUGAUUAUUUGUAG